AUGUUAUUACAGGCUAAUGGUGGCGACUCUUGGUUUGACCUUCCUUCUGUGGCCCUAUGCGUCGAAUUUACCGAUGUCAUGAAGUUUGCCGAUUUUGUAACCAAAAUCGGAAAUCUUGCGCAUUACCAACAGUUGGUUCUACCUCGUGACGACUCGGAAUCGGAUGAACAAAUCCUCACGAUGAAUCCAAUGUACAGCGUUCUUGUGGACUACACUCGAGUGGAUGUGACUCAAGGAUAUAUCGAGAUUGCUGUGGACGGCAAGACCCUACGCUUCACUCAAAAUGCACCACGGCGUUACACAACAAGGCAGAACAAAUGUCCCAAAUUGUCUAAAGACAAAACUGCCGCCAUCUUUAUUCCAGGCGUAAUCCUUCAGGGAAAGCGUCAAGCCGCGCAGCAAUAUGACGACGUUUGUGAUGUGGACUUGUACAUCGAAAUUGAGGAUGCUGAUCUUGUUAUGCCCCCUAUUAAGUUGCCCGUCUUCAUUUCAUCAAGA